UAUGUAACCAAAUUAACAGGAAUAAGCAGACAUUGUUGUUAAUGGUAGAUGCUAUGUAUCGUAUAUGAGUGGAGCAUGAUCGGAAGGCAUCAUGUCAACCAAAACAGCAGUUACUGCACCUGGCAUUGCAAUUGAUUUUCUAAACUCCAACAAGGUCCAACCAUGGCAGUACAACUAGAACUUCUCGAUAUGUCGGUGUUCAAAACGGGCUCUGAGGAUGAACGUCGCUCAUUCGGCGAUAAAUUCCUGAAGAGCCUUAAAGACCAUGGCUUUGCAAAGAUUGUCAAUCACCCUAUUUCAAAGGACAAAAUAGGGAAUAUUUUUCAGCAGGUAUGUCUUGUAUUUCCUGUUUACAAAAUUCUAGGUCUUAGCACCGUACUGUUGUGUAGAUGCUGAUAAUUGAGUGGGAUAGGCGAGAAGCUUCUUUUCGCUACCCCUUGAGAUAAAAGGGGGAGUUGCUGAUGAUCCAAACACGGCUUUCCAGCGUGGAUGGAGUCAUGUCGGUGCUGAAAAGACCUGGGGACUUCAUGGGGAACGGCUGGGAUUUGGAGACCAGAACUCCAGUGAUUCCAAGGUAAGCUUUCUAGGACGUCCAACACCCGCAAAACUAAAAACUUAACUUAUACACUACAAAGGAAAAUUUUGAUCAUGGGGCACCAGAUGACACACAAUUUCCCAACAAAUGGCCCUCAGACAAAAUACUCCCAGGAUACAGACAAAAGCUCGAAGAGUUCUAUAACGACUCCGCAUUGGCUAGUAAAACACUAUUGGAAGUCUUAGCUACAGCUUUAAACAUGCCUUCAUCGUCUUUCACCUCCCGCGUUGCGCUCAAUCAAUCAUCCACUAUGCGUUUCAACCACUUCCCAGAAGUUCCCUUGAAGCAUUUCGAACAAGGUGAAAUCUGCCGCAUCUGGCCACAUUUUGACUUCGGUACCCUCACCCUCGUUUUUCGCGAGUCGUUGGGUGGUCUUGAGAUUGAGGAUCGAAAGAAUCCAGGUAGCUUUGUUCCAGUCCCUUGCGAGAGCAGUGACGAGAUGCUCGUGACUGUUGGCGAGACUUUGGAGAGGUGGACAAACAAGGAAUUACCAGCAGGUCUUCAUCGCGUGACAAAACCGCACCUAGAUGAGGAGAUCGUCAAUGGCUUGGUACCUGAGAGAUAUAGCAUUGCGUUCUUUUGCAAAGCCGAUCGGAAUGUGAGUGUAGGGCCGUUUGACGAGUUCUUGGUGGGUAGGGAGAGGAAGUUUGAGGACAUCACUGCGAUUCAGUAUCAGGAGACUAGAAACCGCGCGACCUAUGAUAAAGUUGCGGUGGCUACUACUUAAAGCUGAAAUCUCCGUUAGUAGGCUAUAGGCAAGCAAGCGGAAUAGGCAGAGUGUGACCGAGCUACAGUAUCCCCAAACGGAUGAAGGAAUGAAUUAUAU